AUGUUUGACUGGGAGGUCACUGAGCGCCAUGCGGCGUUCUCUAGUUGCUUCUUCCUCGUCGACAAGGCCAGCGGCGUCAACCUGCGCCUCGCGUUCGAUGCGCGGGUGGCCAACUUGUCCUUCGCGGCCCUUCCUUUUACGAGGUUGCCGACGCUGUCGGCGUGGAGUGCGCUCGAGGUCAGCCGUGAUGAUUUCGUGGCCCAGGGUGACAUCCAGUGCGCAUUCUACCACACGAUGUUCCCACCGCAUCUUAUCGCUCUUUUUGCUGCCCGUGGUCGUGGGUUUUUGCGUUUCUGGUAUUCCACCUUCGCCGCAGACGUGAUCGACGCGGGCAUUGGCGCGAACUCUCCACUGGUCGACGGGGCCGAGGUGCCGCCGCUUCGCGAGGACACCGACGUCGUCGCCGCGGGCUGCGUGGACAGCUUCGCCACCGUGUUCUUGGACCCUGGCGUGGCCGCCGCCUCGUGCCAGGCCGUGCGCGCCGUGCUGGCGGCGAGGGGGCACGCCGCCGGUGAAUUCGCGCCCGCUGCCCAGCGGGUCGCGUUCACGGGCCUGGGCGUCCUCGGCGACCUGGGCGUCAUCAGGUGCAAGGGCGAGCGGCUGUGCUGGCUGCGCCAGGCUCUGCUCGGACUGCCCAGGCGGGGUUUCGCUUCGCCGCCGGCGCUACCAGCGGGGCUGGGCCGCUGCGCCUGGGGGGCAGGAUCGCGAGCGGGCCCGCGCUGUCGAUCGGUCCAUGCCGUGUGCCGCUUCAUGGGCUCGCGCAAGAAGAGAGCCGCCCGGUGGUGGGUGUCCGUGGUCGCCGAUCUCAGGGCGGCCGCCGCCCUCGCCCCGCUCUGGCAGUCCAACGUCAAGGCAGAGUGGGCCGCCACCGCCUCCUGCAGUGAUUCGUCGCCCUACGGCAUCGGGGUCUACGGCAAGGCGCGCGGCCGAGAGACGGCGGUGUCCGCGGGCCGCCUUCCCGAGGGUCGGCCCCUCGUCAUCAGCAUCACCAUCGCCUUGCACGACGAUCUCCGUGGCUCAGCGGCCUGGUCUGCUUCGACGGCGAUUCCGGCGGCGGGCCGAUCGACGGCCGCGGACAGCGACUUCGACGAGGUCCCCGAGGCGAUCGCGGCGGUCGACGGCUGGACUACGAUCCAUCCUUCUCGGCGUUCGAGGCUCGGGUACGACGUCGUGCGAUCCGAGGCGGAG